AUGGGCAGGCGGCGACAGGGGGAUGGCGAAGAGCGUGGCGUCGUGGAGGGCGAUGGCGGAGGCCGGAGAGCGGCUGGCGUCGGGGAGGGAGAUGGCGGUGACGUCAGCGUCGGGCAGGCGGCAGGCGCAGUCAGGGCGGCGGCGACGGCAGGGAGAAUCAGGGGUCUCGACUCUCGUCGUCUCGUCGCGAUGCAGAGGAAGAGGAAGGGGACAAGGGGUGGAGUGGAAUGGUUGUCGGAUCGAUUAGGUUAA